UACAAGCGGCUCUAGUUGAGCUCUCCGGCCAAUCUGAUCUAUUGAAUUUACCGGAAAAAAAAGAGAAAAAAAAUGGUGUCUUUGGUCACUUCUUCUCUUACAUGCUCAAGCCUUACUCUGAAUCUUCUUCCUUUUACGCGGACUGAAUCACCAGUUUCACCCUCCAGACAAUGUCGAGCAGCUUAUGUGGCGGCAACGACUCCGAGAUAUGAUAACGAUACCGCCAGUGAUUCUUCUCAGAAACCCACCAAAUUCGUCACAUUUCUUGGAAAAGGCGGUUCCGGUAAGACCACCGCCGCUGUUUUCGCCGCUCAGCAUUACGCAUUGGCUGGAUUGAGUACAUGCUUAGUGGUACAAAGUCAAGACCCUUCUGCUGAUUUCCUCCUUGGAACCAAGAUUGGGACCUCUCCUACUUUGAUCAACGACAAUCUCUCUGUCAUUAGGCUGGAAACCACAAAAAUGCUUCUAGAACCUCUUAAACAGCUGAAGCUAGCAGACGCUCGACUUAACAUGACCCAAGGGGUUCUUGAAGGGGUGGUUGGUGAAGAGCUAGGAGUGCUUCCAGGGAUGGAUUCUAUCUUUUCAAUGCUUGAACUCGAGAGGCUUGUUGGUUUCUUUAGGCAAGCAACCCGAAAGAACCACAAGGGGAAGACUUUUGAUGUUGUAAUUUACGAUGGCAUUAGCACUGAGGAAACUCUUCGGAUGAUAGGUUUAAGCAGUAAAACAAGAUUGUAUGUGAAAUAUCUGAGAAGUUUGGCCGAGAAGACGGAUUUGGGGAGGCUAACAAGUCCUUCCAUUAUGAGAUUUGUUGAUGAGUCAAUGAACAUAGGCGGCAAUAAGUCGCCAUUCGAUGGUAUGACAAGUCCUGCCAUGUGGGAUACUUUGGAACGUUUAUUGGAGACAGGUGCUUCAGCUUGGAGAGAUCCAGAGAGAUUCAGGAGUUUUCUUGUAAUGGACCCAAAUAAUCCUAUGUCUGUUAAAGCUGCAUUACGGUAUUGGGGUUGUACAGUACAAGCAGGAUCACAUGCUUCCGGGGCGUUUGCUAUUUCUUCUUCUCAUCAGACAAGCAAAAUCCCAAAAGAAGAUUUCGUGCCUCUGCCCUUUGCUUCUGCAUCAGUUCCAUUUACUGUAGAUGGUCUGGAUUGGGGCAAAAUUCUGCUGGACCAAGCGAAUGCGAGUAUCCGGGAACUAUUAUCUGAAACAGUAAGGAAUGGAAGCAGCUUGACAACAACAGUAAUGUUUGAUACAGCAAAGAAAUUGGUGACUCUUUUCAUGCCUGGCUUUGAAAAAUCGGAAAUCAAACUGUACCAGUACAGAGGAGGUUCUGAGCUCUUAAUAGAAGCUGGAGACCAAAGACGGGUGAUUAAUUUACCGUCUCAGAUUCAAGGAAAGGUUGGAGGAGCCAAGUUUGUGGACAGAAGUCUGAUCAUCACAAUGCGAUAAUACAUUUUCUAAGAACUAAUUUGUUCUUAUUUGUACACCAGAGAUGUGUAGUUUGUUCUCAAAUCCAAUACAGACACAAAAAAUGAGAGAAAGAAAACUCAAGAAGACAAACA